AUGGGAAAUGAUUUCACGAGAGGAAUUCUCUCCGUUUCUCUUGCAAUCUUUGCUAUUGUUUUCCCCAUAUAUGCCUUUGAAACUUCCUUCUUCUUAGAUCAAAACAAUGCCGUCACCACCACCCUAUGCAAUUCCACCGUAACUGAAGACUGUGGCCGUAAUGUAAACGGAGACAGUCACUCGUCUAAACGUCUCCUUCAAGGAGGACCAACAUACAAUCGUCGUCGUCACAUAUGUUACGGAGCUAUUCAGAAGCCGGGGGUUUGUAAUGGUAACAUCUACGGUAAUUGCAUUGUACCUAUCGGUCCAUCAUAUCGUCCUUGUACUGUGUAUACACGAUGCAAGCGAGGAGUUCGAUAA